AUGACGACCGGCGCCGGCAACAUGGAUAACAAAGACCUCUCCGAGGCCAAAGCUGAGGGGCUUCCCAUCAGCUACAACCCCAAAGAAGACUUCGGCACCGGCGACGUCACGGAUCUCGACGAGGCCGAGAUCUUCCUGCGCGACAACAACUUCACCAGCGGCUACAUCAAGGAACUGCUGGCGGAUAAAAAGAGAAACAAGCGGCUGGUGCGCCGGGUCGACCUGGUCCUGCUCCCGUUGCUGGCGGGCACCUACGUGCUACAGUACAUCGACAAACAGGCUCUUUCGUACUCGGCAGUCUUCGACCUCUUUAGCGACACCGGCACCACCCAAAGCCAAUACAGCUGGCUUGCAAGCAUCUUCUACUUCGCAUACCUGGGGUCCGAGUACCCCUUCACCAUCUUGGCACAAAAGACUCGGAUGGCCAAAGUGGUGGGAGGUUGUGUCAUUUCAUGGGGCUCGAUCCUGAUGAUCACAGCCGCUUGCCAGAACUUUGGAGGGCUGGCCACUUGUCGGUUCCUGCUCGGUGUAUUUGAGGCUCCCAUCACCCCAUGCUUCAUGAUGAUUGCCGCUAUGUGGUACACUCGGCAAGAACAACCGUUCCGUGCCGGCGUCUUCUACUGUUGCAACGGCGUCGGCUCGAUGCUCGGCGGCAUAUUCACGUAUGCGAUCGGGCAGAUCGACACCUUCCCCGUGUGGAGAGCAGUCUUUUUGAUCUGCGGCGGACUGACCGUGAUUUGGGGCUUUCUGAUCCUGGUUUUCCUCCCCGACACCAUCCUGUCGGCCAAAAGAUUCAGCCUGGAGGAGAAGGCGAUGCUCGUGGCCCGGGGAAAAUUGGGGAGGACGGGAAUCCUCAACAAAACCGUAAAGUGGUAUCAAAUCAAGGAGGCUCUGGUGGACCCUCAGGUGCUGCUUCUGGCGCUAUUCAUGCUCCUCAACGAGGUCAUGAACGGCGGCGUGGCCAACUUCGGCAAGCUCAUUAUCAAGGGCCUGGUCACCGACCCGCUCCUGACCACCGCUCUCGGCAUCCCGCAGGGGGCCUUUCAAGUUGUCUGGAUCCUGACCGGCACUUUCCUCGCCUCCAAGGUGCCCAACUUCAGGACCAUCUCCAUGGCCCUGUACAUGAUCCCCACCAUCCUGGGCAUCUGCCUUAUUUGGAAACUGGAUCGCCACCACCACAAGGUCGGCGUCCUUUUUGGGUACUACAUGGUCGGUUCAUUCGUCUCGUCGCUGGUGGUGGCAUUGCAGAUGCCCGGCGCCAACCUCGGGGGCUAUACUAAGCGAGCCACGGGGACCGCCAUCGUGUUUGCCGCGUAUUGCGCUGGCAAUAUCAUAGGUCCCCACGCCUUCCUCUCCGAGGAAGCCCCCUUGUAUCCUACUGGUUGCAAGGUCAUCCUUGCUUGUGCAUCUGCUCAGAUUUUCAUCGCCAUGGCUUUGAGACUGCUUCUAAUUCGCCGAAACAAGCAAAGAGAUGCCGCUGCCGCGAAUGGUUCAGAGCCUGAAAAUGAUGCGGCCGAGGAAAUUGCUGCCGAUUUGACCGAUUUCGAGGUAUGUGUCCUGAACUCUCUCUUUCCGCAGGUGUGUGGUUUGUGCAUGGGUGGAACUAACUUUGUCUUUCCCUCAGAAUCCGAAGUUUAG